AUGGAGGUGGAAUCUAGUAUUUCAGAAACGUGGGAUGUUCACAUCGCCCGCCUUCGAGGUCUACAGAGCUUGGACGAGGCAGGCCUGACUAUCAACCUGGCGAAGUCCCAAUUCGACCAGGCCACCAUCACAUACCUGGGACACAUCGUGGGUCAAGGACAAUGUCGACCCAAAACUGCCAACGUCGAUGCCAUCCUCAACUUUGCAGUACCCACAACCCGCAAGUCCCUUAUGAGAUUCCUUGGAAUGACGGGGUAUUACAGAAGAUACUGCAAGAAUUUCAUAUCUGUAGCUGCUCCACUGACGUGGGAUCAAGCUUGCCAAGAAGCCUUUAACCAGCUAAAGAAGGCGCAAGCGAUCCUGUUCUCAAGUCUCCAAACUUCAAUAAGCCCUUUACUCUUCAUAUGGACGCCUCAGGCCUUCCAGACCAUAAUCCACUCAUCUUCAUCGAAAAGCACGGCCACUACACACGACCAAACCACUAGUUACCAGCAGGCAACUAGUAAAAACAAGAAACAGGAGACGGCUUCUGAUUGGUGGAAAAACAUGGCCAGCUUUUGGGAGCACCAUCUAUGA